AAACGUAUCAGAUUUAAUCGGUGCUCAAAUUGUUUUCCAUCGGCAACCUAACAAUACCCGAUACUCUGAAUAGAUCGCAUACCACUCUGCUACUACUGUGCCCACUCUUGUACAAAUUGUACAUGAACACCUUUUCAGAGGCGGAAUACAUGUUGCUGCUUCGUUGAUGCAAUUUGAAGGAUUGAAAUCAAGAACUGACAGUGAAAUAACUAAGCGCAUGUGCAGGCCAAGAUAUGAACAAUUGGCGCAAUGUAAAUUUCCCUAUGGCCCAUUUUAAAUAACUCAACGCUUUUACAUUGUCACAGUCACAGACCUGCGUUUAUGCUUAUGAUGUAUGCUAAGUGUGUACUUUCUAUGGCCCAUCUUAAUAUAAACACCCUGUAUAUCAUAAUUAGUUAACAAGUUAGAUAAAACGAUAAAAGCGUGACCUUUAACUUUCAUUAGUCAACGAAUUUUUAAAACAAACACAAAAUAUUCUCAUGGAGGGGGAGCACGCGCUAGCAACGCGAUUAUCAAUUUUAAGCGCAACAUAUUUGUAAUAUGUGACACCGAUAGCGUUAAAUUGCGUCAAAUACAUAACCCAAACAUAGCAUAAAUGGACGAUCAAGAAAUCGAAAUUCCUGUACCUUGGGGAUUAAUCGCCGCUAAGGCAUGGGGUGACAAAUCCAGCACAAAAAUGUUGAUGGUGCACGGUAUGUUAGAUAAUUUGGAGUCUUUCAAUCAGCUGGUGCCGUUAUUACCGCAAUCGUUCUACUACGUGGCCGUGGACUUGCCGGGACACGGAAAAUCUAGUCAUUUCCCAAAAUGUAGCAUUGUUAAAUAUUGGGAUUAUAUUGUGGCUAUUCGCUUGGUGAUUCGAUUUUUAGGAGACGCUCCUAUAAUUCUAUUGGGCCACAGCUUUGGAGGUAGUUUAGUUACAUUUUACACGCAACUGUAUCCCAAGGAGGUGUCCAAAUUAAUCUUAAUUGAUACUGUCUACCUAUAUAGUAAUUGGGAGGUUGAUUUAUGUAAAAGUUACAUGAUUCAAUAUAUAAAAGAAGCAUGCGAUGUUUUAAUGAAAAAGCCCAAAUUGCGCAAAUUUGAAUAUCAUGAAGGCUUGAGUCAUUAUGUUAGUAGGCGAAUAUUGGGAUCGAUUACACCAACGGCGGCCUUACAUUUAUAUAAACGAACCAUUGUCGAUGCUGGGGAUGGUAAAUAUCAAAAAGGAAGUGAUUCCAGAAUAAAAUGCAGUCCAUAUGUGAUAAUGGAUGCCAUUACGGCAGAACGUAUUAUGAAAAAAUAUUCGGUAGUUUGUCCAACUCUUCGCAUUGUCGCAAAAAAUUCUGACAUGGAACCAGCUAUAAAAAAACUAAUGGAUACAUUUACGACACUAACCAAAAACUGUGUUACUGUACAUGUGGAUGGAAACCAUCACGUGCAUAUUAAUUCACCUGAAACUGUUGCACCAAUAAUCAAUAAUUUUUUGAAAGUAAAAUGUCUUUUGUAAUAAUUGUACACUUCUGGAUUAGACCUAUAAAAAAACUAGAAUGUUUACGCUGUAAGGUCAGAACGUAUAAGCAGUUGUGUCGAAUUAGUGUGCAGCAUAUGAAAGCUAUUAAAAAACUAGACGUA